UUUGAUUGGCAGGUCUGCCGCUUUGAGCGCCUCUGAUCUCUGUGGUCCUCGUAGCCUUAACGCUCGAGACGCUUUAAAUUAGACGCUUCCCAGCCGCGCUCCUUCCUGACUUUUUAAUUCUCUUCCAACUUUUUAUUUUUAUCUCUUUCUUAGGAAACUUCAUAAAACGUGCAUGUAUGCUAAUUAGCAGGUGAGAAGGAAUUACUCUCCUUCCUUUCUGUGAAAUACGUAAAUUCGGCUCCUCUUUUGAAGAAGCUUAGGCCGCGCGCGGCGUGUUCCGGUCCACUUCCGGCCUCCUCGGACUCGUUGGGUUCGGAUCCGUGGACGUGGAAAAACUCACCUGGAUCCUCGGAGCUUCAGACGUUCAGGUGAAGCACAAAGAAAAACGCAGCAGGGCUGGCAACCAUGAAGGGCGGAAUGGCAGAUCGUCUAAAGAUGGGAGUUUUUAUCAUCAUGCUCGUGUCAGUUGCAGCUUCAGAUGAACAUGACCUUUUCCUGGAGUUUUGCGGCAAAUGGCGACACAACAACUCCGACCUGAGUCUGAACAUCAGCGUCUCUGAGGGCUGCUCUGGCAUCACUGUUUCAGCCAACGAGAGCUCUUUGUCUGUCAAAGGAAGCGUCACAGCUAAGUGUAAAAGGAUGGAAGUGAUUCCUCUCAUGAAGUAUCCAGAAGAGGAUCUAGACUUCUGUUUGUACUGGGAGCCUCUGCUGGACCAGCUCACGCUUGAGGUUGAGAAAGAAAGAUUCAUUCUCUGCCCUCCUUCAAGUCCUGCAGAAAAAUGUUGCACUGAUCUGAGUCAAAUCGGGAUUGCGCUUGAUUCACGCUAUGGCAUCGCCGAUGCAAGAGUCCGAACUGAUGGCGUUACAGACAAAACCAAGUCAAGCUACAGCUUCCAUGGAGAAAUCACCAACUGCAAGAAAUUGUGUGACCAGGCUAACCAGACCUAUGUGAAAGGGUCUCAAAAUACUCAACAUCCCUGCGCUCAGAAAUUUGUAAAAGAGAUAAAGAAAGCUAUCAGUGAUGAGAAAGUCUCACUUAAGGGCACUCCUACUGUCUCCAUCCCAUCCACCAUGAAAACAAAAAUGAAGGUUGAAAACAAAGUGUCCGUCACCUUUUUUAAGAAAAACUCUCUGUUCCAGGUUGGCUACGAGGAGGUUCAGCUUCUCAAUGAUGUGGUAGAAAUCACAGUGGAGAAUGAGAUCAUCGCUAAUCUGACUGAGCCCAUAAGCAUCGACUUUCACCAUAACCUCCUACCUUGGAACUAUAAAAGGAAAUGUGUUUCCUGGGACACUCUGAAAGAUCCCUUGAAGGUGAACUGGUUGGUGGAUGGAUGCAUGACAAAACGGAAAGGAGCGAAGCACACGGUGUGCGAGUGUGACCAUCUGACUUACUUCUCAGUGCUGGUGCAAAUGGAGCUUAAACCAGUGCGCCACCUACUGGCCCUCUCUGCCAUUUCCUCUGUGGGCUGCGCUACAUCCUUCAUCAGCUGUGUCGCCGUCAUCAUCUUUUUCUGCAGGAACAGGAGGCGAUCAAAAGAGCAGUCCAUCACCAUCCACAUGGGCUUAGCCGUGUCCCUGGCCGUCCUCAGCCUGUUCUUCUUCUUUACCGGGGUUCUGGGCAACGUGGAGGUGGAGAGCAUGUGUAGCUGGGUGGGCGCCAUGCUCCACUACGCCCUGCUCAGCUCCCUCACCUGGAUGGGGAUAGAAGUGUUCAACACCUUCUGGAUGGUCUACAUGGUGUUCAGGCCGUCCCCGAGACCCUUUGUGUGGCUCCUCAUCGGGUUUGGUCUCCCAGCUGUCCCCGUUGCCAUCCUCUCUCGUGUGGGAAACAUCUAUGGUGUUGUAGAGAUUGUGCCAGCCGACGACAUCUCCACUCCGUAUCGGAUGUGUUGGAUGAACAUGAGCGACCAAAAGACAAUCCUGGCUGCAUCUUUCACCACCAUGACGAUGCUGGUCAUCUUGGUGUUCUCUGGGGUCAUCAUGCUGUUCCUGGUCUACCGGGAGAUCCGCACCAGGGACGAAUGGAAGCAGAGCCGAGUGGCUUUCCUCAGCAUCUGGGGCCUGAGCUGCCUCUUUGGAACAACUUGGGGUCUCAUCUUCCUGAACUUCAGUCCCCUCGCUGACUUUUACAACUUCCUCUUCUGCUUCCUGAACUCUUUUCAAGGUUUCUUCCUGAUGGUGAGGUUCUGCAUGCUGGACUGGAUCCGCAGACAGGCCAGCAAGUCGGUCCUGGGCAGCACCAGCUCUGGAUCUGUCAAACAACACAUGCUGCAAACCACAGAGAAGAGUUAACCGCACUGAGUGAAACAUGUGGAGUCCAGUUUAACCUGUUUAU